AUGCUGAAUGAACAGAUCGAGCAAAUGUUGGACCCAUCAUCGCUGGAUACUCUAAAGAAAGCAAUUUCAGAUAAGUGUACAUUUGUAAAGAAUUAUAAACAGGAUAAGCAUGAUAAGAAACUAGGAAGAAGCAAUGACAGUAAACAUGAAGGUAUAAAGAAGCGCUGGGUUAUUAAUACAUCCGAACAAAGUUUGACACAGCAUGAAAUUACUUUACUCAGGAAAGGCAUGAAUUUCGCGUUAGCUCCUAAAAAUGUACCCACAAAGGAAAUUAUCGAUUCAGUGGAGCAAGGUAUAAAACAUUUACCUAACGACGAAAAGAAUGAAGUAAGAGAGAGGGUGUGCGCCGUAGUAAAACAUGCUAAAUGUCCACAAAAUAAAAACCUUUCACGCUUGGAAGAGAAAGCAUUAAAAAGUUUACGGGGUAAUAAAGAUAUUUUGAUUACUAAAGCCGACAAAGGAAACGCAGUUGUAGUAAUGAACCGCGCUGACUAUCAAAACCAAGUUAACGAAAUGCUUGAGGACAAAAAUAUCUAUACACACAUUACCGAUAAACGACGAAAUCCUACAUCGAAAACUGAAUUAGAACUACAAGAUCGUUUACUUAGGUUAAAGGAUACAGGACACCUUACUGAAAAUCAAUAUAAAAGUUUAAGACCCUCUGACUCAUAUCCCGCGGCUUUCUACGGAUUACCAAAGAUACACAAAAUACCUCUCAUUGAAAAAGUUGAUCAUUUCACCGUAGAUACCAACGUCAAAAUACCUAUGAGACCAAUUAAUAGUUGUAUUGGAUCCCCUAACUAUCAAGUCUCUAAACAUUUGGCAUCCGUGUUAAAACACCUCUACGAAGGCGAUCAUGCGGUUAGAAAUUCAAAAGAUUUUGUUGAUUUUGUAAUGACCCAAACAGUAGAACCCGAUGAACAAAUUGUGUCAUUUGAUGUUACUUCGCUUUUCACAUCAAUUCCGGUAGAUUUAGCACUAAAAAUCGUUAAAGAAGAACUAGAAAAUACAGAGAUUUGGAAAGAGCACACAAAGUUGACGAUAGAACAGAUUUACAGUCUUUUGGCUUUUGUCUUAAAAAAUAGCUUUUUUGUGUUUAAUGGAAAGCACUACCAUCAGAUUUCUGGUUGCGCAAUGGGUUCACCAGUAAGUGCGGUUAUUGCUGAGCUAGUUAUGCAAAGGGUGGAAAAAAUUGCUUUGAGAACAUCCCCAGUGCCGAUACGAUGGUGGAAAAGAUAUGUUGAUGACUCAAACGCGUGUUUAAAACAAAACGAUAUAAUAGCUUUUCAUGAUCAUUUAAAUUCUAUAAAUCCUUGUAUUCAGUUUACCAUUGAAACACCGGCAGUAAAUGGAGACAUGCAAACAAUCGCUUUCCUGGAUACAGAGAUUUGUAAAAUUUCUACAGACAUUUCGAUUAAAGUUUUCCGUAAGAGCACACACACCGACAAAUAUCUAGAUUUUGGCUCACAUAGCCCUGUAAGAGACAAGAUCGCAGUUGUAAAAUCAUUAUUAGACCGAGCGAGAGUUAUUCCAUCAAACCAAGUUUUACAGAAGGAGGAAACGGAUAGAGUAGCAGAAGUGUUAGAGUUAAAUGGAUACAAGAAAGCGUUUAUUGAUAAUGUUAGAAAUACAAACAAAAACACAACAAAAUUCUUCUGAAUUUGAGAUUCGUGGCUCGACGUGCAUUCCGUAUGUGAAAGGUGUGUCGGAAAAAGUCAAAAGCAUCUUAACUCGAGCAGGCGUUCGGACAGCAUUCAAGCCGAUAGUCACGUUAGAGAAUGUAUUCAAAAAACCAAAAGAAAGACCACAGGAAAUGCGAACAAAAGCUAUUGUGUACAAAUUCAAAUGCGAGUCGUGCUCAUUCACUUAUGUCGGGGAGUCAAAAAGAUGUUGGUGUUCCCGAUGGCUUGAACACAAACCAGGCGUAAGAAAAAAGACUUUUUCAGCUAUAAAAGAACAUGCUGAACAGACAGGUCAUGAAGUCGCUAAAACUGACGUAAAUAUUUUGGAAAAAGGCAUUAAAACUAUGACAAAAGAAGGUUUCUUGAAGCGUUACAUUCUGUAGUAGACAAAAAUGCAGUCAAUGAACACAUAGAAUUUCCGGUUUCGUAUUUACCAUUGUUAGAAUCAAUUGAGUGUAACGGGAUAAGGCAUAAAAGGACUUGAACUAAUCGAACACGGCCAAAAUACUCUGAAGAAGGCUGCAGUUCGCAGCCGAAAAUUUACUAUGUUUUUAUUGAAGAUUUUUAAUAGAUCAGUUACAAAAUUUUACAAAAAUAUCAUAUAUAUAUAUAUAUAUAUAUAUAUAUAUAUAUAUAUAUAUAUAUAUAUAUAUAUAUAUAUAUAUAUAUAUAUAUAUAUAUAUAUAUACUAUAUAUUAAAGAUAAAGUUAUCAGUUGCAUGGGAAUAUUAUAGUUAACAUUGAUCUUCUUACGAUUGUCGUGUCAUCUCUAGUAUCCGUACGUUUUCAUCCGUACGUUUUCAUCCAUCCCUAGUAUUCGUACGUUUUCAUCCGUACGUUUUCAUCCCAGUCCGAGAGUACAUUCACCAACUCAAAUGGCACUGUUUGCAUGAUUAUAAAACUUAUGCCAGGUAACGUAAUAAUGAAGCAAAUUUGACUGUUUCUAGAAUAACAAUGCAGGAGAGUUUGAUGUUCAUGGCCGUCCAGAGAAAUUUGACCACCUUCCACCGCUGAGUUACCCACAG